AUGGCCCCAUCGAUUACUCGAGCCCUUGUGUGGACACUGGGAUUCGCAUCUCUGGCCUUGUCUGCAGCCAUCAAUAACGAAGUCACCAAAAGUAUGAAGGAGGGGGAUGAGGUGGCGCCGAUGCAAACUGUGCCGUCUUGCAACCUCUUCUACCAGGUACAGAACGGGGAUACCUGUUGGGACAUCAUCUCACGAAGCGAAAACACUUUCACCAUUAAACAGCUGAUGUGCUGGAACCCGGACAUCAACCCGUGGUGCUCGAACCUGAUUCCUGGCCGAAGCGUCUGCGUCGGGGUGCUCACCCCCGGGCCCUCCUGCUAG